AUGCGACAACUUUCGACUAAUACCGUCCGAUUGCGACGCACCUCUCCUAUACAAUCGUCUAUAUACUCGAGAUCAGUAACAGUUUCAAUAUACAAUGCACAUAAUUCAAUUCACCAUCCCUUCCGGGUACUUGGGACCCGAAGUUUACACACGUCCUACGAAAAACCGCACACGAACCUACAUGUGACGAAUGACUUCGGAACAAGGCCGUCACUUCAGACUCCUCUAGAUAGCACAUCUGCAGCCUAUGCAUCUAAUUUCUCGAGCUCAGCCUUCCUCCAGAAAGAACCCGCGGACUGGGAAGAUAAUGCGGACCUGUCUAUUUCGAACUUCUCGGAACUGCCUUCCAAAAAUUUCGGCGUCAAUCAACACAUGAUCAUCAAUGAAGAAUUCAAAGAGGCUCUUCGACAAAUAUUAUGGAAAUUCCGCGCUCCCAUCAGAUAUGCCUUCGCCUACGGCUCAGGAGUCUUUGCGCAGACGGCAACGGCAGGCGCGAAGUCAGACCCUGGCCACCCUGCACCACCACAAGCCAUUCGAAAUGUCCAGCAAGGAAAAGGAAAGAUGAUUGACUUCAUAUUUGGCGUAUCGCAUACACAACAUUGGCACUCCCUUAACCUACAAGAGCAUCGCGAUCACUACUCUGCCCUCGGCGCCCUUGGGUCUGGUGCGGUUUCGGCAGUUCAAGACAAAUGGGGAGCCGGUGUCUACUUCAACCCGUUCGUGACGGUCAACGGUACGCUCAUAAAGUACGGAGUGGUCAACAUCGACACAUUAUGCAGAGAUCUCAGUCAAUGGGAUACCAUGUACCUUGCCGGGCGUCUACAGAAACCGGUCAAAAUUCUUCGCGAUCACCCCCGAGUGCGAGUAGCGAACCAAGUCAAUUUGCUCUCAGCGUUGCGUGUCGCCCUGCUCAUGCUGCCAAGUGAAUUCACUGAACAAGAGCUUUAUACCACGAUUGCUGGACUCAGUUACAUGGGUGAUCCUCGCAUGACUGUUUCUGCGGAGGAUCCUAAUAAAGUCAGGAAUAUUGUCACGGGCCAGAUGGAUUACUUCCGACGUCUAUAUGCGCCUCUCAUUGAGAAUCUGCCGAACUGCGACUUUAAUGAUGCUCGUUGCUCCCAGUCAGAUUGGAUUGACGAUCCAUCAGCGAAUGUCAAGUUGACUCAAGACAUGGAUCCUGUCAAACGAGGAAACAUGGUCCGACGACUGCCCAAAUCAUUCCGAGAGAAGCUCUACUUCCAGUACCAAAGUCGGUACCAGAUCCCGCGAUCAGAAUUCGUUGAGAUGAUGCAAAAUACAAGCGAUGAAGACCCAGAGCGCAUCCACCGGCGCCAAGGAGGAGCCUUUGAGCAGCGCAUCGCUGCUGAUGAUAAUCUCAAGGAGGAGCUACAGCAGACCAUUACAAAGACAAUCCGAUGGCCGGCGACCAUGCAAACCAUCAAGAGCGCACUUACGGCAGGCGUCGGCAGGGCGUGGACAUAUGUUGCCGAAAAGCGAAAGAAGCACCUUAAUUCAAAGAAGAAUGACCAGAAGGAGGAAUCUGAGCCUUCAACAAAAACCAAAACCCCUGAAAACCUACAGCAAGAGCCGGAAAAGGUCACAGAAAAGACCAAAAGUGACUGA